UCUCUGAUUGGUCGGUUGAGGUUUCCGGCGCUGCAGAGGCAUUGUUUAAAUUCCUGGACGCACUGCGGAUAAAAACAGACUGUGUCUGAGGGAAAUUCAACUUUUACAGUAUCAGUGUGUCCUUCCUGACGUGUCGAGUGUAAGCGUGAUGCGGCGUGACAGGUCUGUAAGCAGACGGAAGCAGGUGACUCCGAGGCACAGGACUCCACCACGCACACGCAGAGACAGUGGACCCUCAGAGGCAUCACCGCGGAAGAAACGGAGGUUCCGCCCUGGCGUGAGAGCUCUCAUGGAGAUCCGAAAGUUUCAGAAGUCUACAGACCUUCUUCUGCGUAAAGGACCCUUUUCACGCCUGGUCAGGGAGGUGUGUCAGGUAUUCAGCAGGGAGAAUCUGAUGUGGCAGGCCUAUGCGCUCUUGGCCUUACAGGAGGCUGCGGAGGCGUUCCUCGUCCGUCUCUUCUCCGAUGCUAAUCUGUGUGCGAUUCAUGCUAAGCGUGUGACUCUGUUCCCCAAAGACAUCCAGCUGGCUCGGCGAAUCAGAGGAGUGGAGAACAUGUGACCUGCUUCACUUCCUGUUUUAACCUUUUUAAAUAAGCGGCGGUGUAUUCGUUUCACACUCAGGUGUGUGUGUGUGUGUGUGUGUGAGUGAGUGUGAGAGAGAGAGAGAGAGAGAGAGAGAGCACACGAGCGAGCGAUACUAAUCACAAUUUUCCACACUUGUAUUAUUGUUAGAGUAUUAAAUUAAAUGUACACACUUCCCCCUACUUUAUUCCCCAAAUGUACUGAAAUUAGAGGUGAUGUAAAUAUAAAGGUUAAAUUCCAUCAUUUCAACUUCUGAGGAAAAUAACAUCAUUAUAAUAAUAAAUAUAAAAUAUAAUACAUUUUUUUUAUAAUAAUCUUAUUAAUCAGAUUGUGGUAUGAAAUGAUUACAAAUGAUUUAUUUAAUCCAUGACUUUUUCUUAAUUUUUUUUUACAUGUGAUAAAGGUUGUAACCUGUGAUAAAAGUUUAUGAGUUUAUUAUAAUAUGGAAAGUUCAGCAGCGCAGUGAGUUUAUGUGUGGAAUAUAUUGGGGGAAAGAAUUAAUAUUUUGUAUGUUUUUAUUGAGAUAAUUACUUUAAAAUGACCUUUAUUAUUCUCCCUCCAUCCUCCAAUAAAAGCCGUGUGUUAGA